AAUUUUUUUAAUUUCUUCUUCUUCUUCUGAGAAAGUAUUGAGACGAGUUUGGCGAUAAGAGGAUGUGGGUUUGAGGAAUGGGAACAAAGGUGCACUGUGAAAGCUUAUUUGGUGGAUAUCAUCACUCUAUGAGAGAUCUCAACAAAGAAUCUAACGGUUGUAGAUGGCCAUUGUUCUACGGUGACAAUAAAACCUCUGCAUCAAACAACAACGAUCAAUGCUACAAUGGCUUCACGUCGCAGACUACAUUUGGGUUUGACAAAGAUGUGGUGAGAAGGACAAUGCUCGAACACGAAGCUGUUUUUAAGACACAGGUUUUGGAACUUCACCGGGUAUACAGGAUACAGAAGGAUAUGAUGGAUGAACUGAAAAGGAAACAGUUUAAUAAAGAAUGGGUUCCGAUUGAGGCAUCAUUUUCAUCUCAAGCUACGAAUGAUGAUGUCCGUAAAUGGAAAAUCCCUAGCUUCCCUUUGGCGAACUCGGUUUACGAUAGACCAUCCAUGUCUGUGGUUGAGGAUAAUGGCCAUUCUCCUAUGAAAGGAAGCAAUUCUCAAGGGGUUGUUGGUCCAGUUUCAUGGCAAAAUGGAGCUAGUUCCAAAAAUAUUGAAGUUUCGGAGGUUAGACCAAUGAAAAUCAGAAGAAAGAUGAUAGAUCUUUGUAUUCCAGCUGAUGAGUACAUUGAUGACAAUGAAGAAGUUGUUGAGUUGAAAGAUCACAGGGUUUGCAGCACAUCUAGUCAGCUUCCUAAUGGAGAUGUGAAGACUGAAUCUUACAGAGAUGGUAUGAGAAUUGGCUAUGGUUCGAGUAGAAGCAAUGGUUUGGCUGACUUAAAUGAACCAGUUGAUGCUCAAGAAGCAAACGAAUUUGCUUAUGGCCACUCCAGUGACUUGCGUAAUGGUGAGUUUCAAGGCCAUAUUCGCGACUACGGAAAAUCUCUAAACUCUGGUAGUGUAAGGGAGCAUAUUCCUGUUAUCCCUCUGCAACCAGAUUUGAACGGCAGACCAAAAGUUUGGCCACAUCAACCCUUAAGAACUGAUCAUUAUAAUGGGAAUGGCACACACAAGUCUGCUGCUCCGUUUUUUCAACCGGCCAAGCCUCUGGAUUCAUCGUCUCAGCCUAUGCAAGUUUUGAUGAACAGUUCACAAAGAGUUAUGAGUUUACCUAAUUCAGGUCCACCAAGUAAGGCAGUCUUCUGGAGAGAAAGAACGUUUAUUGACCUUGAGGCUGAUACUGAUACCAAUAGUAGUCAUGAAGCUGUCAUUCAUCAAAAUCACUUGGAUUCAAGUUUAGCUUCUCACCAACAGCGCCACUUGUAUCCAUAUAAUCGUCCAGAUUCUGCUGUCUCGUGGAACCAUUUGCACUCUUCUUGGCAAAAUCCUAGCUUUGGAUUCCCUCAGAAAGUUGCUUCAGCGCAGAGAUAUCCGGUUCUAAACCUGUCUGACACUCUGAUUAGUAAUGCUCAGAAGCAAGGGUAUCUUGGAGACAGACUGCAGUUUGAAAGCAAUCCUAGAUUUGACUCGGGGUGCGGGAAUUCCAGUCGGUUAAACCAAAACAUGUUUUACAAUGAGUGUUCCACUUCAUCAAAAUCGAAACUUGCUGGGACUGGCUAUACUUAUCCUAACGGAGGAAGAAGUGACUACAGCUCGGAGAUGAAGUUUGUGAGAGAUUUGAACUUAAAUGUGACACUUUCAAACACUUCUGUUGUUGAAGUCAGAAAGGAUGAAGAACACGUGGCUACUUUACCAUGGCUUAAUAAACCCAAGUCUGUUUGUAACUCUGAGAUCGCUGAUGGGAAAUGGAAUCUGAAGAGUAAUGAUGCUGUUCUGAGUUCUCCUUUGAAACCAUUGGAUAUCAAAGAUGAGGCAAGAGACAAAGUUCAGAACAAUAUGUGGCUAGAGAGGUUAAAGUCUGGUUCUUGUUCCAAUAAUCCGGAGACUGAGAAGAUCAAUGCUAACACUGAAAUUCCUGGAUUUGCUCAUAAAGAUCAAUCCAAUGCAGAAAAAGGUAAAGUCCAUAAUGUUAGGAUGCUAGACAUGAACGAACCGUGUGAUCCUCUUUGGGAUGAAGAUCAGCAAACAGAGGAACAGACCGAGGCAAGGGUUUCAGUAGGUAAUAGGUGUCAGAUUGAUUUGAACAUUUUGGGUAGUGAUGAUGAAGGCGAAAAUUGCUCUGUUCCUGCCAGUUCAAGACUGAAUUCAAAGGCCCCUAUGAUAGAUUUGGAAACUGUUCCUGAGUCUGAUGAUGAUGAAGAAGAUGAUAAUAUCUCUGGAGAAAAGCCAUCAGAAGAAACACCAAUUGAGGAAAAAACUUUAGAGAAACCGCCUGAGUUUGAAAAAUUAGCAGCAGAAACACUAGUUGCCAUCUAUUCAGCUUGCCUAGAUAGAGAGCUUGAAGUUGUGGCUUCGUCAGAAGUUUCUGAAACCAUCAUCCUUCACUGGUUUGCAGAAACAGUAAAUACUCACAAAGAGAAUCUGGACAAAAAGCUCGAUACUUUCUCGAGGAAUCAACCACGUUCUAUUGAAGAGAUUGAUUACUUUGAGUCAAUGACCCUGAAACUACCUGAGAUCUCAGAAGAAGAGUAUAUGCCUAAGCCAUUGGUUCCUGAAGACCUCAAAUUGGAGGAAACUUCAGGAACCGCUCUGGUCACAAGCCAAAGACCGAGAAGAGGAAACACGAGAAAAGGGAAACAGAGACGAGACUUCCAAAGAGACAUUCUCCCUGGACUUCUGUCUCUCUCGAAAUACGAAGUAACAGAAGACAUUCAAAUGUUUGAUGGGUUCAUGAGAGCAACAGGCAGAUCUUGGACUCCAACCGGUUUAACAAGGAAGAAAACCGGUUCAAGAGGAAGACCACGACGAGUCAUAACAAUCCCUGCUGAACCGGUCUAUUGCGCGGUACCAGCUCCAGCUCCUCCUCCCUCGGUUCAACAACAUGUGAGCAAUCAAAGCAACAAUGGUGAAACUGAAAUGGGUUUAGAAGAUAGAAGCUUUGCAGGUUGGGGUAAGAUGACAAGAAGGCCUAGAAGACAACGUUGUCCUUCAGCUUCAACUACAACUGCAACUACAAGUAACCAGCGUUCAUCAUCACACGCGCCUUUCACGUGACAAUGAUGUUGAAACUUUGGGAAUGUUUGUUGUGACCAUGAGAUUAUUACUGUACUAGUACGAUUCUUUUCAAAACUUUUUCGUAUAGAGAGAGAUAUAAUAUAAGAGAACCGUUUGUGAUAGAGAUUUUUCAUGGACUAGUUUUUUUUCUUUAGCUUGGUGAAUACAUGAAGAUAUUUAAU